AUGAAGGCUGUCAUUCAACGAGUUACCAAUGCCAGCGUAACUGUAAAUUCGGAAGUCGUAUCCUCUAUUGCUAAAGGGCUUUGCGUUCUCGUCGGUAUUUCAAGAGAGGACACGAUUGAAGAUGUGGAACGCUUGACGAAAAAGAUCACAAAGUUAAGACUGUUUGAAGAUGAACAAGGCAACAUGUGGAAGAAGAGUGUUGAGGAUAUCAAAGGAGAGAUUCUCAGUGUUUCCCAAUUUACUCUGUAUGCUCAAACAAAGAAGGGUACGAAACCCGACUUUCACCGAAGCAUGAAGGGCGAAGAUGCCCAAGUUCUUUAUCAGCAAGUUUUGGAGCGACUUCGUAAUUCAUUGGGCGCCGACAAGGUCAAGGAUGGCGUAUUUGGAGCAAUGAUGCAGGUUCAACUCGUCAAUUCUGGGCCUACUACCAUACUAUUGGACACAAAUGAAUAG